AUGUCGAGGAUGUACAAGCCGUGGGACAAUCGCAAUAACCGAGGAAACAAUAACAAGGCUUACUUCGAUCAUAAUAAUCGAGGACCUAUAGAAAGAGAUGGAAAAGUUGGUCCAAUCAGGCAUCAUGUAUCAUUUAAGAUUCAUAAAACUAACAACCAAAUAUCUCGUAAUUUGGCAUUUGUAAACUUGGACGACAUUUCAUCGACUUCUGAUAAUAAUACAAGACAAAUGAUAAUCAACCAAAAAAAUAGAGAAAGAGGUAAUAGGAUUUGGCAUAAUGUUUCUUCUAGAAGAAACAAUCAAAUGCCUAAUUUCAAGGGAGUUCAAUUUCAAGGACUUCAAGGAAAAAAGUUUAAGGGAGAUCAAUCAAGUUCAAGGAUGCAACCUUUUUUUUUAAAAGAAUCUAAUGGGUAUAGAAUUAACAUACCAUAUGGCCAUAAGUAUGAAAGAGAUUUUAUUAUAAAUACCCUUUUGAAUUAUCUGGCACCUAAAGUAUUUGUUCCUAUAAUGUACAAGAAAACGGGAACUGAUUCUUAUUUCUACAUAGAUGAUCAUAAGACAGCAAAUGCAUUGCUGAACUGUGAUCGAAAGAUUACGAUGAGUAAUGGAUUUAAACUGCGAGUGAAGGUAAAACCAGAAUUUCCGUUCUGUAAUAUUGAUGACGAAGUAAAAGAACGAGUGAAGCAAGCAUUAGCUAAGAGAUACAGACAAGACACCAAGGCUUUGAAUUUGUCCAAAUUUCAUCUUGAUUCUGAUCUUUGCUCUGAUUACUUUUAUGCACUAUCCUAUCCUAUUAUGAUGAUGACUGUGUUGGAUAUUAUGGUGGAGUACAUACCGAAUUUAGAAGCCUUGAAUUUGGAAGGAAAUAAACUACAAAAUAUUGAGAGACUCAGCAUACUAACAAAGAAAUUCGUAAAAUUAAAUAUUCUUCAUAUGGGCGAUAAUAAGAUUAAAGAUAUUUGUCAACUAGACGCUAUUAAGGACCUAAAACUGAACGAAUUGAAGUUAGUUGGAAAUCCUGUCUGUAACAAGUAUAAAUCUCAACCAAAUGACUACGUUAGAGAUGUCCGAAAACGAUUCCCAAGAUUACUGGUUUUGGAUGGCACAGAAUUACCACGACCGAUCAUUUUCGAUGUAAUUGAUGAAGAUGCCAACAUUCCUCAAUCGCAAAAGAUGUUUGCUGCUGUCGAUGCAAAAGUACAAGAAAUGGCUAAGCAAUUUUUAUUACUGUAUUUUACAAUAUUCGAUAGUGAGAAUCGUCAACCUCUACUGGACGCAUAUGACGAAAAUGCAUGCUUUAGCAUGACGAUAAGCAUUUCUAAUAAUAACAAAUUAAAUGGAUAUCACUUGGAGAAUCGAAACCUAUUUAGAAUAAACGAUCCAAUCAGAAGACAGAAAUUUUUGAAACAGGGUAAAUUACCUGUAGUUUCUUUCAUAUCAGAAAUACCACGAACAAGACAUCUGUUGAAUACUCUUACUAUGGACAUCUCUCUUGCUACACAAACAAUGAUGUUCAUUACGAUAACAGGCUACGUUCAACUUAAUACAAACAAGGAAGAGUCCAUUUACUACUUCAACCGGACAUUUAUAAUUGUUUCGAAGGAUGAAAGGUACUGUAUUCGGAAUGAACAGUUGCAUAUUAGUCAAUUGCCUGAAGCGCAAUUAAAACAACUGCAGCAGCAAUUGAAUCAGUUAGGAAAUCAACAAAUCCAGUUGGAAGCGCCAGCACUGAGUUCCAUAGAAGUAACGAAUCUUAUAGCAUCAGAACUCAAUGACGAAAUGAAGCAGCAGAUGGUAUUGACGUUAAGUCAACAGACAAAUAUGAAUCUGGAAUGGAGCUUGAAAUGCUUACAAGAUACGCAAUGGAAUUAUAAUAAUGCAGUCUCUGUCUUUAUUUUAAAUCGUGAACAAAUACCAUCACAAGCGUUUACAAAGUAA